AUGUUGUUCUUAGAACUCAGGGAUCAUCUGACUUUGCGACAAGUGUUGCCGGGGCCUUUGAGCGUGCCUCCUGUCCUGUUCAGUCAAACUGGCUCACCUCAAACGGAAGCGGGUCUUCUUGUAAACGCAAAGUUGGCACGGCACACCGACUCUUCACCAGACUCAGGCAAGAGCAAUAAAGGCGGUUGGAAUGAAAUGUUCGUCUUUCUGGCCGAUUGGUUGCAGCGUUUGCCAACGGAAGUGUUGCCGAAUACCUUGCACGUCACUGGUCCCUUCAACAGCACAUCGGCAACCCAUUUCAUUGUGUGA